AUGACGGAACUACUGAUUGCAUCGUCCACGCCCUCCGUUUCAUCGUCAUACUCCGAUCUCUUCAGCCACGCUUCACUCAGUUCAACGCCCUCCAUUUCAUCGUCAUACUCCACUCUAAAAACUCCCUCUUCAUCUUUCCUAAUUUCCCAGCUAGUUGAUGAAACUCUUCCAGAACAACCUUCAACCCGUGAGGGAAAUUUAAAAGCAUUGAAGAUACUUGAAGUCAAGGGAAUUGCUAUAAGAGAAGUACCACCAUCUAUAACAUGUUUGAAAUUCCUUGACAAGUUAUCUUUGGCCAGAUGUAGGAAUCUGGAGGUGCUCAGUUUCCUAGAGUAUGCUUUCCCAAGCUGGUGGUUGUGGAAACUAGAUUUGACUGACUGUGGUAUCGAAGUGUUACCCAACGAUCUUGGCCGAAUACGCUCACUGGUGAGAUUAUAUCUGGGCCGAAACAAUUUUGAGAGCCUACCAGUGAGCAUCAAAGACCUCUCUAACUUGUUAUGGCUAGAUUUACGCAAUUGCGAGAAGCUUAAAUCCUUACCGGAGCUUCCACAGCGGUUAGAGACAAUAGAGGCACGGGGUUGCACCUCACUUGAAGCAUUAUCAGGUUUACCAAGUCUGUGCCCAAGUACGUUCUACACGAUUUGCUUCAUCAAUUGUUUCAAACUGAAAUUAGAUGAACUCCCAGAUUUGAAAUUACACCAAUUGCUUCAUCAACUGUUUUUCCCUGAAGAAGAAGUAACGAGAGACUACUUGCAGCGAUCGAUAUUCUCGUCAAGUGCUUGUAUAUGUUACCCUGGAAGCAAAAUUCCAGAGUGGUUUAGCCUUAAAAGUACUGGAUUUGAGAUAAAGCUUCCAGCAGGUUGGCUCAGUGAUGACUUAAUUGGUUUUGCUUUCUGUGCUGUUGCAUCUUUUCGAGACUAUCAAGAGCUUGGAACUUUCACAGUAAGAUUUCGUUUGCUUGUUAACGAGGAGAUCGUUUCCUUUGGCCAUUUGUUUAAAUAUAAUGGGCAUGAGGUUAUUGAAUCCGAUCAUGUAUUCGUUGGAUAUGAUUUUGCUAUCAUGUUCGAUGCAUUGCCUACACUCAAUUUGAAUAGUGAGGGCUACAUUAUGUUCUAUGUUGAGCAUGGAAGUGAGAAUAGCAUUGAUUUCAGCAAGGUGAAAAAGUGUGGAGUCAGAUUGCUGUACGCCAAAGAUAAUUAUAUGGGAACAGAUGCAAAAGUGGACAGAGACCAGAGAUUGAAACCUAUAGCUGGUGCCUCCAUUUAGAAAUAUACAAGCGACCAAUAAACAGGCACGCCCUCCCAAACGACUGAAAGGAAAGCAAAAAGCUGCAAAAACACGCCAAAGUACUGUUAAUCAUAUAAGGAUAUAUUCUUUAUGGGAAAGGAUUAACAGGAUCAUUACUCUGUUGUGGGAGGAAGCUAACCAAGUAAUGAAAGAAGUUCAAGCUGACCAACAAUGAAAGACAAUACUACUUGCUUUGUUCAGAAUUGAAAAAUUUAUAGUGAUUGUUUCAGUCUUGUUUGGUCUCUGCUGCACACACUAACAAUAACCUUUUAGCUUGGCCUGUCGACACAUAUUGUGAUGGCCGUCAUUCUGAAAUUCUCUGGAUUUUCUUCGCUGGAAUUCAGAUUAUGUUGCCGAACUAUUUAAUGAGAUAUGUUAGAUGAAGGCAACUGCUAUAUGAUCUUUUAGUGCCGGGUGCUUUUUGUGUUGUGAUUCAACAUAGUUACUAUCUAAUAUUGAUGAUGUUUGGUUUUCUGGGCAGUGAAAUGAUGUUGAUUGCUCUUUCUACUCUUGUAAGCUGCUACUAUUUGGUUAACUGUUUUCUAUGUGAAACCCUGGUUGGUUUUUCUGGGCUUUUCCUGAUGCUUUUGCCUUCUGAGGCUGGCUUUGUUUCUUGUAUUUGUAUGGCUAUGCUGUGGCUAUAUAAUACCAUGUAAAAGUACAUGUCACAAGUUUUAUGUUUUUGUUUUACAAGGUUCAUGUUGAUGUGUUGUUGCAGUGAUUUAUUGUAAAAAAACUCAGCUUUUGAUUAUCACAAACAUUUUUGGAUGAUAUCUUAUUGAUGGGCUUUUUUUUUUUUUUU